CACCAUAUUCGGUCCUCUCCACCUCCGUGUCCCCUCCCGGUGCUCCGCUCACACCUCCUCACUAUUAUUCGGUCCCCUUCAUCAUCCCCGUCACCAUUACAGCCUGAGGAGAAGAAGAAGCCGCGGCCUUGGGUGUACUUCCCGACAUGCCCCGCGAACGACGAUUCUGAUUGGAUGGCGGCGGAAGGCGGGAAAUCUGAGCGGAAGUCGGAGCCCGGAAGGUGGAGGAGGAGACGGCUGUGACAGGGAGAGGGAGGGCGGCGACAUAAUACUUAUUUUAUGUCUCUGUUUUCCAGCUGUGGCGACAAUGAUCAGGGGUCAGACAGGAGACAGGAUGAAGCUGGAGCAGACAGGGGCCGGCGGAGGAGCCGCGUGUUUUGGACAACAUAAGUACAGUGCGGAGGAAUAUCAGGCGAUACAGAACGCUUUGCGUCAGAAGCUCGGACCAGAAUACAUCAGCAGCAGGCAGGCGGGAGGGGGACAGAAGGUUUGUUACAUUGAGGGGCACAGGGUGAUCAGCUUGGCCAAUGAAAUGUUCGGGUACAACGGAUGGUCGCAUUCUGUAACGCAGCAGAACGUGGAUUUUGUAGAUCUCAAUAAUGGAAAGUUUUACGUCGGAGUUUGCGCUUUUGUUAAAGUCCAGUUGAAGGACGGCUCCUUUCAUGAAGACGUUGGUUACGGUGUCAGCGAGGGUCUUAAGUCUAAGGCUCUUUCUUUAGAGAAAGCACGGAAGGAAGCCGUAACGGACGGGCUGAAGCGGGCUCUGAAGUCCUUUGGGAACGCUCUUGGAAACUGCAUAAUGGACAAAGAAUACCUCCGCGCUGUUAAUAAGCUUCCAAAAUUGCCUCAGGGGGAGCUGGAUUUGGCUCAGACGAAGCGCAAGGACUACGAUGCUACACUUGAAAAGGCACGGUAUAAUAGUUUCCGUGAAGAACAGAGAUCUGUAGACCGGACUCAUCGUGACUUGACGGUCCAGGAAAACAACAGCGGCAGUGACCAGUCACCUCCUGAACUUCAUCAAGAGGAUUAUACAAAGAUUAACAAUGAGAACAGCCACAGAGGCCCCAGUCCUGAAUGUGGAUCAGAAGGUCUGGUAGCUCAGUCGGAGAUGGAUGCCUUAUAUCAGCGCAAACUGCGGCAAAAGCAGAUGCAGCAGCGAUUCCGCGAGGAGAUGGAGAAAAAGCAAAUACGGGAUCUUGCAUCUUGCGUGGAUCCAGUACAAGGGGGAGUAUCUAAUGCCCCAAGAGUCCCCCCGAUAGGUCACAGCACGCCGGCAUCUGAACAGGCCGCUUCCGCAUCCCUGGAUGAGUAUCUGGCAGAUGACCCAGAGUUUUGGGACGUCCCAGUAGACUCUGUAGAGGUUGACAGCUUCUCAAAGGGAGCCCCGCAGGCAGCGGCUGCAUCUUCCUUAUCCAGGCCCGCAACCCCCCUGGGACAUCACAAGAUGAUGACACGAAGCAAGACACCGCAGAGGCCGAACAGUGAGCGGCAACCAAUGAGGACCAUGUCGUGGAACCAGAGCCUCGGGAACACGAGUGGACAGCAGCAAAUAGGUAAAAGCCCGUACCGCCCCAACCAAGGCCUGUACAUGAAGAAGAGGAAGCUGGAACCCUCAUGACUGGCACAGUCACCGCAGACCUGACCCCCCGAAAUAACCCUCAGACUCAGACGCCGUUCACUGCCUGCCAUCCGCCACCAUUUUAUACAUACGGGUCCCUAAAUUCUGCAUCUGAGGGACCUCGGCUUCAGCGCUAAACUGAGAUUUCGCUGGCGCAGAAUUGUGAAAGACGCUUCUAGUUUGUUUUUCUGAAAUAGUUUGGAAUAAUGACACUUUAUUCAUGUUUAAUAAACAGCAUUUUUAUUGUUUUUUAU